AUGUUUAUUCCCAUUUUUUUGAUUGGUCGAAGCGACUGCCAACUGGAUCGCCAGCAACGAGAAUCUUCCCGCGCGGUUGGCAAUCGGAUCCGCGCCUUCCCCGCGUCCGCGAUGGCUCCCGCGAUGGCGAUCGUCAGCGCGUCGUCCGUCACCACCCGCACGAUCACCCCCGCUCGCGUGGUCGCCGGCGGGCGCCGCCAGGCGGCCGCUCGCGUCCCCGCCGCGGCAUCAUCCGCGUCGUCGCGAAAUGACUCGAUCGCGCGCCGGAUGCGCGGGAGGACGGACUCCGGGCGCGGCGUCGCCGCGGCGGCGUUCAACUUCAAGAACCCCUUCGGCGGCAAGUCCGAGCCCGAGGAUGAUGCGGAUGAGGCUGGCGACGGGGCGGCGUACGUGGACGACGCCGUCGACGGCAACCCCUUCCUCUCCAAGUCCAACAGCUCGACGCCCUCGUCGGACGAGCGCGACGAUGCCGCGCCGGAGCUCAAGCUCCCGAAGCUCCCGGCCAACCCCUUCGCCUCCUUCGGCGCCAAAGCCGCGGAGCCCGAGGACGAGGAGGACGCGUACGAGGAGGAGGAGGAGGAAGCGUUUGAAGAGCCCGCCAAGAGCGGCAGCCCCUUCGGCAACCCCUUCGCCUCCUUCGGCGCCAUGAACCAGACCAUCGAUCAAACCGUCGAUCUCGACUACGGCGACGACGAGGACGACUUCGAGGAACCGAAGAAGGGCGGGUUCGGGGGUUUCGCGCUCCCGUCGUUCCCGACGCCCGCCAAGAAGGAAGCCAAGCCGCCGACGCCCGCCGCCGCCGCCCCGGCCAAGCGGGAAUCCGGCAAAAGCCUCGGCAACUGGGAGCGAACCUUCAAGGAUGGCGUCAAGGAUGGCGACAUUCCCACGUGGACGUUGGACCCGGAGCCCGUCAGGGGCGCGGCGCUGAGGCCCGUCAAGCUCCGCACCGGCGAUAUCCUCGUCGUCGGCCGCGAUAAGGGCCCGGGGAUCGAUUACGUCGCCAAGGUCAACUGCGUCUCUGGCGUGCACUGCCAGUUCGAGAUGGAGGGCAACAAGCUGUUCGUCACGGACCUCGGGUCCACGAACGGCACCUACGUCGCGGGCCGCGAGGUGCGCAAGAACGCCCGGACGAGGGUGUACAACGGCGAUACCGUUCGGCUGGGGGCGGAAAACGUUAACGGCGAGGCGUUCGUCACCUUCGACACGGAUCUCACCGGCGCGAAGGAGCUCGACAAGAACACCGAGUACGGGCAGGUGCAGGCGGUGGUGGAGGCGCUGGGCGGCCCAAAGGUGGUGGUCAACUUUCUCAUCAUCAACGUGUUCUUCCAGCUCGGGUUCUACCUGCUCCUCAACCUGCAGACCAACUGAUAGUCUACAUGCAAACAACUUGUGAUACUACGUACUCUUCGCCGUUC